GCGGCAGGGAGGCUGGGCCCGUGGGCGAGGGAGGCGAGCCGACCACUGGGCUGCUGGGCUCCCGCGCCCUCGCGUUCCCCGCCGCCAGCCCAGGCGCAGGCAGAGCGCAGGCGGCGGCGGGCGGCAUGGAGAGCCUGCUGGAGAACCCGGUGCGCGCCGUGCUCUACCUCAAGGAGCUCACGGCCAUCGUGCAGAACCAGCAGAGCCUCAUCCACACCCAGCGAGAGCGCAUCGACGAGCUGGAGCGGCGGCUGGACGAGCUGAGCGCUGAGAACCGCAGCCUGUGGGAGCACCAGCAGCUGCUGCAAGCCCAGCCUCCGCCCGGGCUCGUCCCCCCGUCAUCCGCCCAGCCGCCCGUCGCUCCGGCCACCGCUCCUGCUGCCGCCGCCAGGGCCCAAGAACCUCUCCAGGACCAGGGACAGCGCUCAGCCGCCGCGCCACAGCCCGCACCCGAGCAGCCGCCGCUUCAGCACCACGGACAGCUCCUGGAGCAGCCCCCGCGGGGCCCUGGCAGCAGGGCUCACACACCCCAGUCGCCCCACAAGCAUCUGGGGGCACAGGGAGCCGUGACUGACAAGGAGAAGGAGCGUCCCCCGAGUUGCUGCGCUGCUGCCGGAGCCCUCCUUCAGCACAAAUCCCCCUCCACCAUCGGCAAGGGCGUCCUGAGCAGGAGACCUGAGAAUGAGACCGUGCUGCACCAGUUCUGCUGCCCAGCCGCCGAUGCCGAGCAGAAGCCCGCCUGCUCCGACCUGGCCUCCCAAAGUGACGGCUCCUGCACCCAGGCCAGUGGGGGCAUGGAGGACUCCGUGGUGGCAGUGGCGGCGGUGGCAGCCGGCAGACCCAGUGCCCAUGCCCCGAAGGCUCAAGCCCAGGAGCUGCAGGAGGAGGAGGAGCGGUCGGGGGCGGGGGCUGCCUCCCCAAGGGCUGGCCCCCAGCACGUGGCCUCCCCCGGCCGGCAGCAGCCUGCCCUGGCGACGGCGCUAUGCUCCCACGCCCCUGCUGCCUCCGAUUACGAACUCUCCCUUGACCUAAAGAAUAAACAGAUUGAAAUGCUAGAACACAAAUACGGGGGCCACCUCGUGUCCCGGCGCGCCGCUUGCACCAUCCAAACCGCCUUCCGCCAAUACCAGCUCAGCAAGAACUUCGAGAAAAUCCGCAACUCACUCCUGGAGAGCCGCCUGCCACGGCGGAUCUCCCUGCGCAAGGUGCGGGCACCAACCGCCGAGAGCCUGGUGGCGGAGAAAGCGCUCAUGGAGGGCUACGGCCUCAUGGGACUGCCCCUGGUGCGUUCGCCCUCCUUGCCGCCCACCUUUGCGGGCACCCUCACCGAGCUGGAGGACUCUUUCACCGAGCAGGUGCAAUCCCUGGCCAAGUCCAUCGACGACGCGCUCAGCACCUGGAGCCUCAAGACCAUGUGCUCCCUGCAGGAGAGCAGCGCUUAUCAGCUCCACCAGGCCCUGCAGGCAGCCGCGGGGACCUCAGGCCUGGAGGCAGAGAUGCGGGAGCCUGAGAGCGCAGGCCCCGGGCCUGGGGCUGAGGCCACGGAGACUCCCGGCCUGCCCCCGGGCCACGGCGGCACCCUCAUGAUGGCUUUCCGGGACGUCACUGUACAGAUCGCCAACCAGAACAUUUCUGUUUCCUCCUCCACCGCUCUGUCCGUAGCCAACUGCCUGGGCGCCCAGACGACCCAGGCCACAGGAGAGCCCGCCGCAAGCAAGGCUGAGCAGGGCGAGACCCUGGGGCAGGAGGCCCUGGAAGCCUCCGCCGUGGGCCAGGGAGACGUGUCAGCGGAGGACACGUGCACAGAGCCUGGGGCUAGUGGGGUGGUGGAUGAAGCCACAGCAGCCAAACCAGAGGAGGAAGAGGAGGAGGAGGAGGCAGCGGAGGUGGGGAAAGGGGCCGAGGCUGAGGCAGGCAAUUUGGAGCAGCUGAGCAGCAGCAGCAUGUCCACCAAGUCUGCCAAGUCAGGCUCAGAGGUGUCGGCCUCCGCCUCCAAGGAGGCCCUGCAGGCCAUGAUCCUGAGUCUGCCGCGCUACCACUGCGAGAACCCAGCCAGCUGCAAGUCGCCCACGCUCUCCACCGACACCCUGCGAAAGCGCCUUUAUCGCAUCGGCCUCAACCUCUUCAACAUAAACCCAGACAAGGGCAUCCAGUUCCUCAUCUCCCGCGGCUUCAUCCCUGACACCCCCAUUGGUGUGGCCCAUUUCCUCCUCCAGCGAAAGGGCCUCAGCCGCCAGAUGAUUGGAGAGUUCCUGGGCAACAGCAAGAAGCAGUUCAACCGCGACGUGCUGGAUUGCGUGGUGGACGAGAUGGACUUCUCCAGCAUGGAGCUGGACGAGGCCCUGCGCAAGUUCCAGGCACACAUCCGUGUGCAGGGGGAGGCCCAGAAGGUGGAGCGGCUCAUCGAGGCCUUCAGCCAGCGCUACUGCAUGUGCAACCCCGAAGUGGUGCAGCAGUUCCACAACCCCGACACCAUCUUCAUCCUCGCCUUCGCCAUCAUCCUCCUCAACACCGACAUGUACAGCCCCAAUAUCAAGCCUGACCGGAAGAUGAUGCUGGAAGACUUCAUCCGAAACCUUCGCGGUGUGGAUGAUGGCGCUGACAUCCCCCGGGAGCUAGUGGUAGGCAUCUAUGAGAGGAUACAGCAGAAGGAGCUCAAGUCCAAUGAGGACCACGUCACAUACGUCACCAAGGUGGAGAAGUCCAUUGUGGGCAUGAAGACGGUGCUGUCCGUGCCCCACCGCCGCCUGGUGUGCUGCAGCCGGCUCUUUGAGGUGACAGAUGUGAACAAGCUGCAGAAGCAGGCAGCGCAUCAGAGGGAGGUGUUCCUCUUCAACGACCUGCUCGUGAUUCUCAAACUUUGUCCAAAGAAGAAGAGCGCCUCCACGUAUACCUUCUGCAAGUCAGUUGGCCUGCUGGGCAUGCAGUUCCACCUCUUUGAGAAUGAGUUUUACUCUCAUGGCAUCACACUGGUGACCCCGCUCUCGGGCUCCGAGAAGAAGCAGGUGCUGCAUUUCUGUGCCCUGGGCUCGGAUGAGAUGCAGAAGUUCGUGGAGGACCUGAAGGAGUCCAUCGCUGAGGUGACAGAGCUGGAGCAGAUCCGGAUAGAGUGGGAGCUGGAGGAGCAGCAGGGAACAAAGACACUCUCCUUCAAGCCCAGCGGAGCCCAGGGGGACCCACAGUCAAAGCAAGGAUCGCCAACAGCCAAAAGGGAAGCCGCGCUCAGGGAGAAGCCCGCGGAGAGCACGGUGGAGGUGUCAAUUCACAACAGGCUUCAAACGUCCCAGCACAACUCCGGGCUGGGAGCCGAGAAGGGAGCACCGGCACUGCCGCCAGACCUGCAGCCUAGCCCCCUGAGACAGCAGCCCCCACCGCCGCUGCCGCCACCGCCGCCACCCCCGCCACCCACACCCCCGGGCACCCUGGUGCAGUGCCAGCAAAUUGUCAAGGUCAUUGUCCUGGACAAGCCCUGCCUGGCCCGCAUGGAGCCCCUGCUGAGCCAGGCUCUCUCCUGCUACACCUCGUCCUCCUCCGACUCCUGUGGCUCCACACCCCUGGGCGGCCCCGGCUCCCCGGUCAAGGUCAUCCACCAGCCCCCGCUGCCCCCGCCCCCACCCCCCUACAAUCACCCUCACCAGUUCUGUCCACCAGGCUCCCUGCUGCACCGACGCCGCUACUCCAGUGGUUCAAGGAGCCUGGUGUAGACUCUGCCCCACUACCCUGCUGUCCGGGGAGGGCUGGCCACUGCAGGGCCUGCGCUGCCCCUCCGCUGCUCCCCAUACCCUGGCACGAUGCGUUCCUGGUCACUGAUCGCCAUCAUUUUGGGAAAAGAAUCCCAACCCCUGGCACCUGGGUUUGCCUCAUCCAGCCAUCCUUCCCUUUCUCGGCUGCACCCCACCUCCAGAUCUGAAGAUACCACCUCACUCUCCUGGGCCACCACUUCCCCUGGCCGCCACUUUCCCCCAUUGGACCAUGGAGUGAAGAAAGCUGGAGCUGAGGGUCUAACUAGCUUGCGGGCUUUGAGUCCGUUAGUGCCGGGGGUGGGGGCCUCAGGCCAUGGGGCAGCAGCACGGGGCUGGCCUGGCCAGCAGCGGAGCACUAGACAGAAGACCUCUGGCUCACAGUCCAUGACUAGCGCCUCUGUGGCUGUGCUGAGGGGAGGAGGGUUGGUCCAGCUCCCUGGAGGGUGGGAGGAGUGAGGAGGGGGGCUUUUUCUGCUGCCCCCACCCCCAAGCCUGGCACUCUCAGGAGGCUAUUCCUUGGUCCCCAGGGACAUUGGCUUUCCUGACAGUGUUCUUCUCCCUCUUCCCAGGACCUCUGCUUCCUCAGGAGCUGCCCAGACUCUAGAAAAGCUUAGAGAGAGAGAGGAGGGAAGGGGAGCACUUUUAGCUCUCUGCCAGUCAAUUCAACAGGGCCAUGGGAUUGUGAGGUCAUGUAUCUGCAAAUGCACCUUUUAAAAGAGUUUCCUAGUUCCCUAGCCCCAGCUAAUACCCAGCCAGUGCCACGUGCGCACAGGCACAUGCACACGAACGUGCGUGAGAACCAAGUCCAUUUCUUCCAUCGAGGAAGCAGAAGUGGAGACGGGGUUCGGUCCAAGUCAGGGCUCCCUCUUGCAUGCGUCUGUGGCCUCCAGGAGGGACUUGGGUGCAGAGGUAAGCAAGAAAAACAGGGGAUCCAAAGGCAUAUGCGUUUCCCCUGCGCCCCUCAGCCUUUAAAUAUUCCCCCCUCCUGAAAGGUUCUAGACACCCCCUCCAUCAAGGGUGCCCAAGAGUCCCUGGACCCUCAAAAUUGCAAAGGAGAGCCAAGCGGAGCUCACUGACUCCCAGGGCCCAGAUCACCCCUUCAGGAUGGGACAGCCAGCCUCAGGUGGCUCCACAAGCCCAAGCCUGGGGAAGGGCCCCUCCCUCGCCGGAGGAGAGGCAGCUGCCCCAGAGACCACAGGAGCCGUACCAUGGCCUUCCCCGUCAGGCCCUAUCAGGUUGAAUCUGUCCCAAGCCCGGCCAGGCUCCAGCCCUGUGCCAGCAGCUCAUUGCUGUCCUGUGUGCAGGUCUCCCUGCAACUUGGAGCCUGUGGUUAAGGCCUCCUGGGAGAGGCAGUGAACACGAAUCAAGUCUGACAUGGACUUGCAUCUCCCCACCCCCCGCCCAGCCCCACCUGCAGUAGCGGGGGCCAGGUAGGAGGCAAGGAUUGUUCCCUGCUCUCAAAGAUUCCAGAUGACCUAGUUUCAUUUCGUGUGUGGGUGUGUGUGUGUGUGGUCACCCAGACGUCACUGUGAUGUCACCCAGCGAGUCUAUUUCUGGCCCUGUCUUUGUCGUCCCAGUUUCUGUAACUUGCAGCCAAUUUGCCCUCUCCCCUGUGGCUGCCAGCCUGUCUGCUUCUCCCUUUCCUUGCUGCCCUGGCCGUCCUCUGUUCUCUGUAACAGAGAUGCUCCAGUCAUUGCCUUGCAGAAGGGAGCAGCUGGCAGAUGUGGUGCACAAAUUGAGACACCUCUGAUGCCCUUGGCCAGGGCAGGGAUCGCCCCUAAAGUGAAGGCCUGGAGAAGAGGUGUCAGGGACUUGGGAGGAGGUGGGGUUGUGAGAAUGGGAGUGGAGGAAUCUUAAAAUAAGAGAAGCUGAAAAUAGAGUGAAAACAAUGACGAAGAGGCAGGAGUAUGAGGUAUGGGGGAAGAGGAGCUAUGAGACUGGCUAAAUAUACUCAUGGGGUGGGGGCCGUGGGGGCCCGGGACACUGCUCCAGACAGCCCCAGCCUGACAGGCAGGACGCGGUCCCCUGAUCACAUAGCUCUUCAAGCUUACAAAGUGCCCUCUCCCCUGUUGAGGGGCACAGCAACCCCAGGCCCUCCCUCUCACUUCAGCUGAAGCCCCAGCCUUCCAAAUUGGAGCUAGCAAAAGUCUUAGGGCUGGCUCACAUGUGGGCCUCUAUCCGAGAACCAGGACUAUCAGGCACCUCAAGGCCCCUGCCCCAGGGCAGAGGCCCGCCCCUUGGGUUGGUGCAGUGCUGCCCUGCAUAGGCAGCUCAGGGAGUCUGCCUAUGAAGCAGCCCAGCCUCGGGUCAGCACCCUGGGGAGCCAGUCCUGAGCUAAGAGGGGCAUUUAACCCCUGAGGGCCUGGGGCAGGACACAGCUGGCCCUCCUUAUCGUCAGGGGAAAGCAUCAGUAACCUCCCUUCCCUGCUAAGUCCCCAGGCCAAGGUUGGGGCCCCCUCUGUCCCUGUCCCCAGAGCCCAGAUCUCAGGGAGCUGGGAAAAGCCUCCUGCUCCCUCCCCAGGACAUCAGACAGGGUAGGGCCUCCAGCCCCCGCAGAGCGCCAGCUGUGGGUGCCCUUGGGCCUUCCUGCUCUUCCAAGGUUGCGGGAAGAGUAGGGUGCUGACUAAGCCCCAGACCCAAUCACCCCAAGAUGGCCCCACUCCACCCCACCUUUGGGAAACCUGGUCCCCUCUCCUGAUUUGAUCCAUUUGGCCCCAACUCCAGUCUGCAAUAGGAGAUGAAACUAGUUUUCCGCCCACUUUUAGGGAAAUCCCACUCCUAGAUCUGAAACGAGGCCUGCCGGCAGCUUGUUCUGGAAGCCUGCCUGCCUGUCUCCACAUGUCUUGAUCCAGCACACGCUGAUCAGCCCUGCGUCUUCGCCGCCCCCCACACACACCAGCCCCCGUGGCCUGCCAGGAGUCUCUUUGUACCUACUAGGCUUCCCUGAAGACCAUCUGUCCGUCCGUCCCUGUGUCUGCUGUACAUACCUCCUGCUGCCUCUCCCCGCACACCCUUCGCCCAUCAGAGAGAAACCUCUCUAAGGAAAGGCAGGGUGGCUGCACCCAGCAACUAAUCCAAAUGGCAAAUAUUUUGUAACAAAAUAGCCCAGAGGUAUUUUAUCUGUUCAAUUCAUAGAGUUUUAGAGAUUAUAUUGAAAGAUGUCACUUGA